UACUGAUCUUGAUGAAAAAUGCAGGGAACAGAAAUCCAGCUUGGCUUAGCUGUUGAAUGUCAGAAGGCCACACUAUCAGUUAAAAGGAGAUUGGCAUGUGAACAGUUGACCUAUUUUAGUCAGGCCUAUCACUGCUUGUCAGGAUGUGACAUGAAUAACUGGUGUGAGAAGAAGCAUAUCUGGUUCAUCAAUUGGAAAUUUCUCGAGUCAAAGGCUGCAUCGUAUUACUAUCACGGUCUGAUCCUUGACAAUGGCAAUGAACCGUCCUGCCACGUUAGCGCUGCAUGUUGUUUUCUUGCGGCGGAAGAACUUCUAUCAGAGAGCAGGAAGGCUUGCUUAACCUUUUGCCUUGCAGCUCCAGUUACCAGGGCUCCUCCACUCUGGGGAGCUAUGAGGCAUUUGCAUCAGAAAAUUCCUGAAGUUGCAACAAGGAAAUCCCAGAUGUAUGGCUACCUUUUAGAACAAGAAAAGGUUCUACAAACAUUGCCUGACCUGCCAGAAUUUCAACUGUCAUUAAGACCUGAUGACUAUCAUCUACCCGAUAUCGACCCGGCCUGGGAUUCCGAAAAGUGGGAAGCUGAAGGCCAGACCUUGAAAGCGCACCCAAAAGACAGCGAAGACGAGACAGAGACUCCAGAGUGAUCCUUUUAGUCCAGUAUUGAUCAUGUUAUUAGUGACUUAAACAUACAAAGGGGUCAUCUGUUAGUGACAAGCUUGUUGAAUUAAAUGGCAUGUCCUUUUUUGUUACACUGACAAGUUACCUAAUUGCAAUCGACGUGGCUAGGGAAUUAAAUAC